AAUUCGUUUCCAGUGGGUUGAAGAGUGAAUUGUGUAUUGGGUUGUUCCUCGUGAUGGGAGGAUCAUAGUAAUUGUGGAUGUACCGAGAUGGCUGCACAGCGCGGGCACUGGGAGCGCGGUAAUGGGCGGCUUUUCUCGGUGUGGAGCCAGCCUUUUUAGUGUGUAUUGCGUCGCUAGCUGGGGAACAUCCUUUCUCUGGCUUCUUUGGCAUCUUCUUUGUCUUCUGUACUGGUGCCAUCAUACAGGAAGGAAUGAAACGAGGUAAUAAGCAGCAUCCACCAUCCAGGCGAGUGACAACGGAUGCCAUCCCCUUCUUGCUCCUCUUGUAGAGUGCGGGUUGUCUGGGAUGAGGAAAAUCUCCAUCAAUUGGAGGCCACCAAAUCUCCUAAGCAGAAGAUAACGGAGCCCAAAACCCCCUACUAUGCGCCAGACGUGGGUGAUGGCUCGAGUGGGUCGUGCAGGAGGAUUGUCUCCCACUCCUGACGACGACAGGAUGCAAAUGGAUUCAGCUUCACAUGCCGAGGCAGUAAGACAUGCGCUCUUUGAAGCUACAACGAAGGAUAGAGCUAGCAGUAGCCGAUCAAGUGUCAAGAGUUGGAAUUCCAGUGAAGAUGAGCUGGAUUGUAUGGAGGCUGAUGAAGGCUCAGAUGGAGGUCAUUCGGGCAGCUUCGAGGAACUCAGACGUAAGCAUUACGACAAUGAAUAUAAAAAGGCUAAAUUGCUGGCUAAGGGGCCUGAGAUUGUAGUUGAAGACGAGGAGGAUGCUAAUGGGGAAGCAGAGUCCAGUUCAGAGGCAGCUCUUAAACGCCCACAGCAGCAGCUGAGUUAACUGCUCUCCCUGCCCCAGGUCAUUUCUGUGUUACUAACGCAUACAGGAGCUCGGAGUGAAGUCCAUUUUCUCCUCAGGUGUAAAAUUUGAGUGAAUAAAUAUUCAAGGUUGUGCAGCUCAAUGAGCGCUUGGUGCUCCAUUAAUUUCAUGUUAGGUUUUCGAGUGAUGUAUCCUUCAUCUACAGGAACUUUUGAGCCCAGUUUCCUAUGUAACUGGUUUCAUACAGCUUAUCUAAGGUGUGUAUGGCACCUGGCAAAGAGUUUUCCGGAAA